AUGCAAGGCCCUGCGGGGAACACCAGCCGGGGCCUUCCUGGAGGGCCUUCGUCCACGGUCGCGUCCGGGACGGGCCGCUGUGAGAGCGGCGCGCUCAUGCACAGCUUCGGCAUCUUCCUGCAAGGGCUGCUUGGCGUCGUGGCCUUCAGCACAUUGAUGCUCAAACGCUUCAGAGAACCAAAGCAUGAAAGACGACCAUGGAGGAUAUGGUUUUUAGACACUUCCAAACAAGCCAUAGGGAUGCUGUUUAUCCACUUCGCAAAUGUAUACCUAGCAGAUCUUACUGAAGAGGACCCUUGUUCACUGUACCUCAUCAACUUUCUUCUGGAUGCCACUGUAGGCAUGCUGCUCAUCUAUGUGGGAGUGCGUGCAGUCAGCGUCUUGGUGGAGUGGCAACAAUGGGAAUCCUUGCGUUUUGGCGAAUAUGGAGACCCUCUGCAGUGUGGGGCCUGGGUUGGGCAGUGUGCCCUUUACAUCGUGAUCAUGAUCUUUGAAAAAUCCAUCGUCUUCAUUGUCCUCCUUAUACUCCAGUGGAAAAAGGUGGCCCUACUGAAUCCCAUUGAAAACCCUGACCUGAAACUGGCCAUUGUCAUGCUGAUCGUCCCCUUCUUUGUCAAUGCCUUCAUGUUUUGGGUAGUGGACAAUUUCCUCAUGAGAAAGGGGAAAACGAAAGCUAAACUAGAAGAGAGGGUAGCCAACCAGGACUCAAGGAAUGGGAGCAAGGUCCGCUACCGGAGGGCAGCAUCCCAUGAGGAGUCUGAGUCUGAGAUCCUGAUCUCAGCUGAUGAUGAGAUGGAGGAGUCCGAUGCUGAGGAAGACCUCCGCAGACUGACCCCUCUCAAACCUGUGAAGAAGAAGCACCGCUUUGGGCUGCCUGUAUGACACAUUCCCCCACUAGGGGUGACAGGGCUGGGGCCCAGCACGGCAGUGUCAUCCCUCCCUCCUCUCACUGUCCCUGCUCUUCUACCUCCACUCCUCUUGCUGUCUCUGCCUGCUCUCCGCCUGCCCCAGACUACUGUGACUUAAAAAGAGGGAAGAGGAACCAGGGGGCUGUGGACGGCUAGAGGUCUCCUGCCCAGUUGCACUACAAACACUGACCAAAUAUGCAAGUGAAGAGCUUUGUUUGUUGUUGUCCCUUUGGGGUAUUCUGAGACCCCUGUUCUGUGUCUGACUGGCUGGCGUGGUGAAACAAAAGAGCACACAUCUACUGUAGUGUUUUUGUGCCAAGGCUGCAGGCAUUGUGGACACAUGACAUGCUUGGGUUAAUGGUCACUCAUUGCCAAGUUGGAACCAGAAUGUUUUCUUCUAGAAAUGGUUUUUUUAAACUUAAUUUCUAAAGCCGGUUUUAUGAGCUGUAACAGUGUUACUGUUUUUUGAGUAUGUGUUUAUUUCCUACAAAGUAUCAAUGGGACUAAUGGGCAAAACAGAUUUUUAAGUCUUCCAUAUACUGUUUGACUUUUAUAUUUUUAAGUUAUAUUUUCAUAUAUUGUAUUUAAAAACUUUUUAAUCUCCAAAGUAAUGGGUUUGUUUGCCUUUCAUGGGAUAUGAACUGGUGGGAGAUGAAAGUCAGUUGUUGUUUUUAAACUGGCACUAUUGUUAGAUAAUGUCUGAUGAUGCUUUUGGUGGGAAGGGUAGACAGCCUUUGUCUGCAGGCAGAAACCUAGUGGCAUAUAUCAGGCCUGAGCAUGAGCUGUAGUAUGUAUGGAACAGAAAGGGUUGUACCAGAACACAUGAGCUGGCAGGUUAGAAAUCUUAGCUAAACUUGCCUGAGAAAGGAGCCCAAGAGUUAGAGGACUUGUGACCACCAGGCCCACCCUUGUUUGUUUUCUUUCGCCCUCAGAGCCUCCAAAUCUCAAGUGUUUGAACAUUCUCAGCUUCUGCUUCCAUUGCAGCAGCUCACAGAGUUAGCCUCUGCUUUGAUCCCAUUACCUACUGUCACCUGCUUGCUUGCACAGAAGUAAUCUUCUGUCUGUAAGAAGUAAUCCGGUGAAUAGGAGGGCCUGUUGUCAAACCAUCCAAAGCUACAAAGUGGCCAGGACAGGGCAGGUUCAGGUGAGAGAGCUCUCUGUCACAGUCUGUAGAUAAUAUGGGGUGCUUUUAGGCUGUGUCCGCUCUAUAGCAUGGCCACAGAUCCUUGUGACUCUUGAGAGUUUUUUGCCUAGUGAUAAUGCACCCGCACCUGCUGUGAAAGCUGCAAAGUGGAGCUGUCUCAAGGAUUUUCAGACUAGCAAUCAGCUAUGACAUUUAGAAACAGAAGACAGGGCUAGAGAGAUGGCCCAGCAGUUAAAGCACUUGCCAGCAAAGCCUGAGGACCCAGUUUUGAUUCCCUGAUACCUGCGUAAAGCCAGAUGUACAAGGUGGCACGUGCGUGUGGAGUUCAUUUGCAGUGGCUAGAGGCCUUGGCACACCCAUUCUCGUUCAUUCAUUUUCCCUCCCUCCCUCCCUCUCUUUUUCUCUCUCUCUCUCUUAAAUAAGUAAAUAGAAUAUUUAGCAACAGAAGACCACCCCACUACUGUGCAGGCUGGAAGUGAGGUGGUUCAGGCUUCAGGUGAGACAAGUGCAGCUCCACUCAGAACCUUCUUUUAAGCCUACAUAAAAAUGUGUUUUGAGCUGGGCGUGGUGGUGCAUACCUUUAAUCCUAGCACUCAGGAGGUAGAGGUAGCAGGAUCGAGGCUCGCCAUGAGUUCAAAGCCACCUUGAGACUAUGUAGUGAAUUCCAGGUCAGCCUGGAAUGAGACCUUACCUAGAAAACCCAAAACAAACAAAAAAAUAUGUUUUGCUUAAGCUAAAGGUACCUAAAUAUGUUUGUCACAUGUGAGCCCAGCCUUUAGACUAGGCACCCAAGACUCCUCUGCCAUUUCCAGUCCUGCCUGUCCUGGACACAGGGACCCUCUCAGCUCGUCUUCUUCCAGUGAAGGUCUCACUGGGAGGAGCAGGAGCUAUAUCUAGGCAGCGGGAGGGGACUUUGUUGGUGUGAGCUUCCUGGCUGGAGGAGACGACCAGUGAGGUGAAGCUGGUCUCAGCCCUGCAUUGCUCCCUCUUGUUUUCUGUCUUCCCUUCCCCUCCCCCCAUACAGUCAUGGUCUUUCUCCAUCCCUUGUACAGGGGUUCCACUGAGUGAGUGGGAAGAAUAGGAUUGGCAUUCCUGGCAAGAUGGUCAGUCCCUGGUAUUAUUGUUGAUGCUGUCCUCACUCUGCUCCUGUUCCAUAGUGGUUUGGACAACCUGUGUUGUAACUGUCUGUCAUCCGGUCAUUCUCCUGGAGCUUAGAGCCAGAGCCUCACUUCAGUGUUUCCAAAGCAUGCACAAGAGUAGGAAGGCCCUGUUGUGAAGACUGGAAACUUGGGUUGAACAAGUCUCUCCAGGCUCUUCAGCUCCUAUUGAGUAGUUGGCUUGGAGGAUACAGGUGGCAAGUGAAGGCAGGUCUUCCCUACAUCUUGAAAAUGUAACUAUAAGGACUACAGUUGUGUAACUGACUUAGCAGGGAAGAGUGUCCAAUAGGUGUCUGCCUGAUCUUAGGGACCCACUCUGUAUUCAAGCUUGGACAUGCUCGGCUUAUGCUCCUCCUCUGUGGGUGUGUGCAUGUAUACAUGCAGCAUAGGCACAUGCACUCAUAUGACCUGCAUCGCCCAGUGAGCCUGUUCUCUCCUAUGCAGUGUCCCAGGAGAAUGGCUAUAGAGGUCAGGACUUCUUCUUGAGCUGUCCCUUCUCUCUGGAAUGAGUUUCUCCACUUGCUCCGAGGUGCCUUAUGAGGUGCAGCCCUUUAUCGGUCAAUGAAAAACAAUGAGAUAUUGACUGGGUACGGUAUGUUGUCAAUUGGAUUUGUCCAAAUCAGGACUUUAGGCAAGCCUCUUAUUGUAGAAGCUUGUAAGCCAAGGUGAUGAACAAAUUUGUUGUACCUAACUGCAAUAAACUGUGGAGGGAGAACUAUCACCUGA